GGAAGCGGGUCCGGGCGGAUGCGGUGUGAGCGGUGCCGGAGCCGCCAUGGAGGCGCUGACGGAUCUGUACGAUCAGGCGCUGCUGGGCAUCCUGCAGCACGUCGGCAACGUGGAGGAGUUCCUGCGCGUCCUCUUCGGGUUCCUCUACCGCAAGACCGACUUCUACCGCCUCCUCCUGCGGCCCGGGGACCGCCUGGGCUUCCCGCCCGGCGCGGCGCAGACCAUGGCCCUGCAGGCAUUCAGAGUCUUUGAGCGGAUGGCCCGGCAGGAUGAUGAGAAGAGGCAGCUGGAGCUGGAGGCGAAGCUGAGGAAGAAGGAGGAGGAGGAGGAGGCCACCGUGUGUGCCGAGGGGGUGGAGCUGUCCCCUGCAGCCCAGGAGGUUGAGGUAGAGACCACAGUUGAGGCCGUCCCAGCAGCAGCUGCCGGGGGAGCCGCGGGGACGCAGGACUCGGCCGUAGCGCAGGACGCAGCCCCCAGCCCGGGGCUGGCGGAGCCCCCGGGGGCCACGGCCCCAGCAGCACUGCCCACGAAACAGGAGCAGUUCCAGACCAACCCUGACAGCUACAACGGAGCCGUACGAGAGAAUUAUGCCUGGUCCCAAGACUACAGUGACCUGGAGAUCAAAGUGCCUGUGCCCCAGCACAUCCUGAAAGGCAAACAGGUGUCUGUGGACAUCAGCAGCAGCAGGAUUCGUGUGGCAGUGCUGGAGGGAAGCAGCCAGCGCAUCCUCAUGGAAGGGAAACUCACUCACAAGAUCAACACGGAGAGUUCCCUUUGGAGCCUUGAGCCAGGGAAGUGCAUUUUGAUCAACCUGAACAAAGGGGAUGAGUACUGGUGGAAUGCCAUCCUGGAGGGUGAGGAGCAAAUUGACAUCGACAAGAUCAACAAGGAGCGCUCCAUGGCCACCGUGGACGAGGAGGAGCACGCGGUGCUGGACCGCCUCACCUUCGACUACCACCAGAAGCUGCAGGGCAAGCCCCAGAGCCACGAGCUGAAGGUGCAUGAGAUGCUGAAGAAGGGUUGGGACACCGAGGGCUCUCCUUUCCGUGGCCAGAAGUUCGACCCCUCCAUGUUCAACAUCUCCCCUGGUGCUGUGCAGUUUUGACAGGGGAGAAAAAAACAGCCGAGAAACGAAGAGGGGAGAGGAGAGGACAACCCCCCUGGGACCCUCACCUCCCAACGCUGACACCCAAAUAUGCCAACAGCACCUCCUGCCUUCACCCCCCAGCACUGGGCUGGGCAGGUGGUGGGUGCCCGGGGAAACCUGGUGGAUGCAGAUUUGCAGAUUUCCAGUUUUCUGUCCCGUCACCACGGCAACCUGAGCAGCUGGGACCCUUCUCCUCUCCUCACCUCGCUGCCUUGGUUUCCAGGAGGUGCCAGAGCUCCUUGGGUGACAGAAUUACUAUUUUGGGUGGCUGAGGAUGCUUCUUUUAGGGCUUUUUUGGGGUGCAGACUCCUCCCUGCCCCAGCACAGGGCAGCUUUGCCCCUCGCCAGCAGAGCUGUGCUCACCGCAGCUCUGUGGGUGAGUGGGGGGGUGAGCACCACCUCUGCUGUCCCCACCAGCUCCCCCUGACAAGGGCCUGUGCUGGGGUCUCCACUGGGUGCUGCCCCAGCCCCCUCCAGCACCGUGGGGGAGGGGGGGAAUGUCUCCCGGGUUCAUCCCCUUCCAGUCCAUCUCUGGGGGGUGGUCCAAGGGGGCCCCCUCUCCCUCGGUGGUGGCCAGAGACCCCAGCCAACCUCUGGGGUUUGCUUCCCCCUUCCUUAGGGGUAUGGGCAGCACUGUGGUGGGGAGAGGGGGUCCAGGCUGUCCACCAGCCCCCCCAGACCAGUGGCCAGCAGCUUCUGGGUUUCUCUGGCACUUUGGGGUCCAGGAGGCCCCUCCUUGAGCCCCUCCUUGAGCCAUCCCGGGGUUUGUAGUGGCCCCCACCUGGGGCAGGUAGGCUGGGAGUCCCCAGCCAUCACCCUGUGUCCCCCCCGUCUCCCCUGCACCUUGGUUUGCAAUAAAGAUGUCUCUCCAGCA